AUGGCGAGUGCUGUACGCAAGAAACUUGUUAUUGUUGGAGAUGGUGCAUGUGGAAAAACUUGUUUACUUAUUGUAUUCAGCAAAGACCAGUUUCCCGAAGUUUAUGUCCCUACUGUAUUCGAAAACUAUGUUGCAGAUAUCGAAGUUGAUAACAGACAAGUUGAAUUAGCUCUUUGGGACACUGCUGGCCAAGAAGAUUAUGAUAGGUUACGGCCGCUUUCUUAUCCUGAUACGGAUGUAGUUCUGUUGUGUUAUAGUAUUGAUUCUCCUGAUAGUUUUGCAAACAUUGAGGAGAAAUGGUUACCAGAAUUGGUAACAAAAAAGACCUGCGACAUGAUGAGGCUACGAAGAAUGAGCUACAUAGAACCAAACAACUUCCCGUCACUUUUAAUGAGGCUUUCUUUAGCUAAGACCAAGGAAGGUGUCAGCGAUGUUUUUGUAGCAGCUACUCGAGCCGCCUUGAAUUCAGCGAAGAAGAAGAGGAGGAAAUGUGAUUUAAUUUGA